GAGCCGGUCUCUAGCGCAGGCGCAGUGCAGAUAAACAGGAAGCUGGCGGUAGAGGCAGCGGUGUAAGAGAUCGUGGGUUUUAGGGAGGGAAAACAGCGGCAGAGUAAGAUUAUAGGGAGUGCAACACAGGCUAACUGAGAACGAAAAAGAAGCUUUGGCCGUCUGCCUCUAGGGAACGGGAGGCGCAGCUUCGUUCUCCGCUUAGGCUUCCGGCUCCCCAGCUUAGGCUGAGGCAGCGGCUGACAAAGGGCUCGCUCCGGUGCCGCCGCCCUUCUCAUCCGGGCAUUCAGGUCCCUGCGGAGUGGGAGGGGGAAGGGCAGCGGGGGAAGGGAAGGAGCAGGAGGGGCGAGCAUUUGGAGCCGAGGCCCUCUCCAGGGCUCUGGGCCCGCGGCCCAGCGGACGGAGGCCGAGGAGGACCCAUAGAGGUGGCAGUGGCCAGAGGUUCAGAAUGGUUCAGAAGGAGAGCCAGGCGGCGCUGGAGGAGCGGGAGAACGAGCUCAACGCCAACCCUGCCGCCUCCGCUGGUGCAUCGUUGGAGCCACCGGCAACUCCGGCCCCCGGAGAAGACAACCCCACUGGGGCUGGGGGAGCAGCAGUGUCCGGGGCGGGAGGAGGUGCUCGGAGAUUCUUGUGCGGCGUGGUGGAAGGAUUUUAUGGAAGACCUUGGGUUAUGGAACAGAGAAAAGAACUUUUUAGAAGGCUUCAGAAAUGGGAAUUAAAUACAUACUUGUAUGCCCCCAAAGAUGACUACAAACAUAGGAUGUUUUGGCGAGAGAUGUAUUCAGUGGAGGAAGCUGAACAACUGAUGACUCUCAUCUCUGCUGCGCGGGAAUACGAAAUAGAGUUCAUCUAUGCUAUCUCACCUGGGUUGGAUAUUACCUUUUCUAAUCCCAAGGAAGUUUCUACAUUGAAACGCAAACUGGAUCAGGUUUCUCAGUUUGGGUGCAGGUCAUUUGCCUUGCUUUUUGAUGAUAUUGACCAUAAUAUGUGUGCAGCAGACAAAGAGGUGUUCAGUUCUUUUGCUCAUGCCCAGGUCUCCAUCACAAAUGAAAUUUAUCAGUACCUAGGAGAACCAGAAACGUUCCUCUUCUGUCCCACAGAAUAUUGUGGCACUUUCUGUUACCCAAACGUGUCUCAGUCUCCUUAUUUAAGGACUGUGGGUGAAAAGCUUCUACCUGGAAUUGAGGUGCUUUGGACAGGUCCCAAAGUUGUUUCUAAAGAAAUUCCAGUAGAGUCCAUUGAAGAGGUUUCUAAGAUCAUUAAGAGAGCUCCCGUAAUCUGGGAUAACAUUCAUGCUAAUGAUUAUGAUCAGAAGAGACUGUUUCUGGGCCCAUACAAAGGAAGGUCCACAGAACUCAUCCCACGGUUAAAAGGAGUCCUGACUAAUCCAAAUUGUGAAUUUGAAGCCAACUAUGUUGCUAUCCACACCCUUGCCACCUGGUACAGAUCAAACAUGAAUGGAGUGAGAAAAGAUGUAGUGAUGACUGACAGUGAAGACAGUACUGUAUCAAUCCAAAUAAAGUUAGAAAAUGAAGGCAGUGAUGAAGAUAUUGAAACUGAUAUACUUUAUAGCCCACAGAUGGCUCUAAAGCUAGCUUUAACAGAAUGGUUACAGGAAUUUGGUGUACCUCAUCAGUACAGUAGUAGGCAAGUUGCACACAGUGGAGCCAAAGCAAGUGUAGUUGAUGGGAGUCCCUUAGUUGCAGCACCCUCUUUAAAUGCGACAACUGUAGUUACAACAGUUUACCAGGAGCCCAUUAUGAGCCAGGGAGCAGCCUUGAGCAGUGAGCCUACAGCUCUGACCAAGGAAGAAGAAAAGAAACAGCCAGAUGAGGAACCUAUGGACAUGGUAGUGGAAAAGCAAGAAGAAACAGACAGCAAGAAUGACAAUCAAAUACUAACUGAAAUUGUAGAAGCUAAAAUGUCAGAGGAAUUGAAACCAAUGGACACUGAUAAAGAGAGCAUAGCUGAAUCAAAAUCCCCAGAGAUGUCUAUGCAGGAAGAUUGCAUCAGUGAUAUUGCCCCUAUGCAGACUGAUGAACAGACAAACAAGGAGCAGUUUGUGCCAGGUCCAAAUGAAAAGCCUUUGUACACUGUAGAGCAAGUGACUCUGGAGGAUUUGCAGUUACUUGCUGAUCUUUUCUACCUGCCCUAUGAGCAUGGACCCAAAGGAGCACAGAUGUUACGAGAGUUCCAGUGGCUUCGAGCAAAUAGCAGUGUUGUCAGUGUCAAUUGCAAAGGAAAAGACUCUGAAAAAAUUGAAGAAUGGCGGUCACGAGCAGCCAAGUUUGAAGAGAUGUGCGGACUAGUGAUGGGAAUGUUCACUCGACUUUCCAAUUGUGCCAACAGGACAAUCCUUUAUGACAUGUACUCCUAUGUUUGGGAUAUCAAGAGUAUAAUGUCAAUGGUGAAGUCUUUUGUACAGUGGUUAGGGUGUCGUAGUCAUUCUUCAGCACAGUUCUUAAUUGGAGACCAAGAACCCUGGGCCUUUAGAGGUGGUCUAGCAGGAGAGUUCCAGCGUUUGCUGCCAAUUGAUGGGGCAAAUGAUCUCUUUUUUCAACCACCCCCACUGACUCCUACCUCCAAAGUUUAUACUAUCAGACCAUAUUUUCCUAAAGAUGAGGCUUCCGUGUACAAGAUUUGCAGAGAAAUGUAUGACGAUGGAGUGGGUUUACCUUUUCAAAGUCAGCCUGACCUUAUUGGAGACAAGUUAGUAGGAGGGCUGCUUUCCCUCAGCCUGGAUUAUUGCUUUGUCCUAGAAGAUGAAGAUGGCAUAUGUGGCUAUGCCCUGGGCACUGUAGAUGUGACCCCCUUCAUUAAGAAAUGUAAAAUUUCCUGGAUUCCCUUCAUGCAAGAGAAGUAUACCAAGCCAAAUGGUGACAAAGAACUGUCUGAGGCGGAGAAAAUAAUGUUGAGUUUCCACGAAGAGCAGGAAGUUUUGCCAGAAACUUUCCUUGCCAACUUCCCUUCUCUCAUAAAGAUGGAUAUUCACAAAAAAGUAACUGACCCAAGUGUAGCCAAAAGCAUGAUGGCCUGCCUCCUGUCUUCACUGAAGGCUAAUGGCUCCCGGGGGGCUUUCUGUGAAGUGAGACCAGAUGAUAAAAGAAUUCUGGAAUUUUACAGCAAGUUAGGAUGUUUUGAAAUUGCAAAAAUGGAAGGGUUUCCAAAGGAUGUGGUUAUACUUGGUCGGAGCCUGUGACAUUUGGCGCUAUGAACUGUCCGGAAGUCUCUUUAAUUUCACCUGGUGGGUGGUGGUUGGGGUCUUCAUGCAGUUCAGCUUCUGGAGUGGUAAACAGAUCAGCCAAUUGAGAUUGGAAACAAAGAAGACUAUGUAAAAUUCACUCAUCAUACUUUGAGACUACUCACUGGAUGGAAGAAGAUAGUAUUAGUGCACAUCCUAUAUGAAACAUGUGGGCCUCCUUUUGGGGUCUUGUGUUAGGUGUCAGGACCUCUUACAUGGGCAUAUUGGGAGGGGGUCUUAAAUAAAUGUAGUCAGCACUGUUUUCUGCAUCCAGUGUGGUUGCAUUUCGCACCUAAGUAAUCAGAAAUCAUUUGUCACCCUCGGCUUAUUGAAUGAAAUGUCUCAUUCUUUGGGGACAUGGCAGAAAAGAGAAAGAUUUAGUGGGUUUUGGAGGCCUCAGGGUGGAAAUUCCAAGUGGGAUGGUUGUGGCAUAGUUUAAGCUGAAUAAUUUCAAUUUUUGACAAUUUUUCUGCUUUUUGUAAUAAAGCCUUGGCCAGUUGCCUCCUGUAGUGAUGAUUGGUUCAGGUUUGUUGUGCUUUGUAGGGAUAAAUGUGCACCUGUUUGUGGCAAAAACCUAAAAAUGACAAACUUGUAAAUUUUUGUAUAUAAACUAGCUGUGAUUUGCCUACCUUUGUGUUUACUGUUUUUGUAAUUUUUUUUUAACUUUGAAAAUGAAAUGGUGUGAUUCAGGAUGGCACUUUGAAUAAUGUAAGUUAGUGAAAGGUAGCUUUUUCUUUUUCUUCUUUUUUUUUUUUAAUUUUUAAAGUGCCUCCCACCUAGGGCUAGGCCACAACCGCUUUGGGUACAAGAGCCUAACUUCAUAGGAGUCUUGUUGCAAGUGCAGUCACUUCUAGAAAUUAACCUCAAUGCAGGUCAGCAUGUGAAAUGUUAGGUUGACAUCUGUCACGUAGGGUUCAGGGACUGUGAUUGGUCCCGUUUGCCUUCAGAUCAGGUGUCCUUUAAUUUCAAGACCUGUUACUACUGGUUUUAUUAAAUCAAGAGUCUAAUUCUUGCAUGUUUGUAUCAGAUUUUUAAAAGAGAAAGAAUGAGUAUACUUUAACCAAUGACUUAAUGGUUAUCUUUUCCUUUUAACCACAGAUUCUGAAAGCUUCAUGUAUUUUGAUUUAGAUUUGGUGUUUUUAAGGGUUCUGAGCAUGAGGCUAGCAGGUAAUCUCCGCAGAUUUUUUCAUCAUGGCUGGCUGACUUCUCCAUAGAUUUGUAACAGUAUUUUAUUAUCAGCUUCCCUGCAUUUUUGUAUCAGCUCUUUAGUUUUGAGAUAAGAGGGAAAGGGCAAGGAGAGGAAACUAGAAACAUUUCCCUUCCUAGAAUUCCAUCAGGGUGGACUUUGAGAGUCUUAAAAGAGUGUAGUACCUAGAGUGGUACCACUAGUGACUUUCAACCAAUGCCUAUGAGUGUGCACUGAAUGGGUGAGAUGAAGGGAGGGAGGAAGGAAGGAGGCCUCAUUUUCAGGGUAGAAACCUUUAACUGAUAGGAUAUCAGGAUGAUAGUAUGUUGGAAAGCUGGAACCAAGUUUGCAUUUUCAAGGGCUGAGAUGUGAAAGGAAUAUCUCUAGAAGAUACUGUUCUAAAUGGCUUUAUGUCACUUGGUUUUCUCUUUAAGUACAUUUUUUAUACUAGUGAACUAUUAUGGCAUUUUAUCUGGAGGAUUUCAGGGUCACCCUCCUAUGGAAAUCAAGAUUUUUUUUUUAGCAUUUGCUUGUGGCUUUUUCUUGGCUUCUAAUAACUUUGGCUGGUCUUCUGGUCACAGGUGCUAACUGUGAAACAGAUGUCCAGGCCUAUACAUACAUCACUCUAGGAUUGUAAAGUGCUAAGCUAUCUUCUAUGGUUAUGAAUAUUUAUUAAGGUUGGAAUCACAUUUCCUUGAUUGUUUAGAUCACAGCUCAGUUUCUGUAGAAAAUGAACUGUAAAACUAUCUGAAGACCAUGCAAGAAGCAAAAUAAAACUUGAAUCGAAUGUG